AUGGCCGACGAGCCCGUGCCCAAGGAGGAGCGCGACCGCGUCUUCCGGAAGCUGCUGGCCAAGGCCGACAACCGGACGUGCUUCGACUGCCCGCAGCGCAAGCCCAUCUGGGCGUCGUCGACGUUCGGCGUCUUCAUCUGCCUCGACUGCGCGGGCGGCCAGCGCCGCCUGGGCACGCACCUCACGUUCGUGCGGAGCGUCGACAUGGACACGUGGACGCGCGGCCAGCUCGAGGCCAUGAAGCGGGGCGGCAACGGCCGCGCGCGCGACUUCUUCCGCGCGCACGGCGUGCGGGACCUGCACAUCCGCCAGGACACGAAGUACGCGUCCUCCACGGCGAGGCAGUACCGCGACCGCCUCGCCAAGGAGGUCCAGCAGGCCCUGCAGGGCGGCGCGGCGCCGUCGCCGCUCGCGACGCCGGAGCUGCCCAAGAAGUCCUUCUUCGAGGACUUUGAGCCCAUGGAGAUGCCGCCGCGCACGCAGUCGUCGCCGGCCCUCGCGACGCCCGCGGCGUCGGUCAAGAUGCCCGUGCCGCGCGCCGAGCCCGACGCGGCGCAGUUCCGCGUGCGCUCGGCGGCGCAGAUGAAGCAGGCCCGGGCCGCCUCCGGCAAGCUCUCGGCCGCGGGCCUCUCGGCCGCGGGCCUCUCGGCCGCGGGCCUCUCGGCCGCGGGCCUGCGGGCGCCGGCGCCGAAGCCGGCGCCGGCGAUGCCGCCGCCGCCGCCGCGCGCGCCGCCGCCGCGCGCCGCCGCGCCGCCGACGCCGCCGGCCGCGAAGCCCGCCGCCGCGCCGCCCUCGGCGACGACGUUCUCGGAGCUGGGCGAGGAGCCGGCCCCGGCCCCGGCCCCGGCGCCGGUGCUGCGCGCGCCGACGCAGCGGCGCGCGCCGGCGCUCGGCGCGCGGCGCGCCGGCGCGUCGCGCCGCGGCAUCGGCGCGCGCAAGCUCACGGGCGCCGUCGACUUUUCCUCGCCGUCGCCGCGGCAGGCGUCGCCCAGGCUCGCGGGCGGGAAGGCCCCGGCCGCGCCCAAGCCCGGGUCGCCGCUCGACACCUCGGGCGGCCUCUACAGCGGCGGGUCGCUCUGGCAGCAGGCGCCGCCGCCGAAGCGGGCGCCGCCGCCGCCGCCGCCGCCCGCCGCGGACGACGACGACGACGACGACGACUGGUACUCGGACGCGCCCAAGAAGGGGGGCCGGGCCGAGGCCGCGCGGCGCGCCGAGGAGGCCGCGGCCGAGGGCUUCGACGACGCCGACGGCUUCUUCGACGCGCGCUCGGGCUCGUCGCGCCUGGCCGCGGCCUACGCGGAGGCCUCCGCGGCGCCGGCGCCGGCGGCGCCGGCGCCGGCGCCCCCGAAGAAGAAGGCCCCGGCCCGCGCGGCCGCGCCCGCGCCCGCGCCCGCCGCCUCGACGGCGGCCCGCGACCGCUUCGGGUCCAAGAAGGGCUUCGGGAGCGACUCCUUCUUCGACGAGCCGGGCGCGGCGGCGGCGCCGUCGGCGCCGUCGGCGCGCGACCGCGCCCUCUACCACGGCGGCAUCGGCUCCGACGCGUUCUUCGGCGACGGCGCGCCCGAGGAGGAGGACGGCAUCGCGGGCGCGCUCUCGUCCGCGUUCUCGUCGCUGAGCCGCCUCGGCUAG